AAUAGGACGGAAGCGCCGCGGGACGGGCUGAGGCCGCAGCAGAGCGUCCUGUCCCGCGCAACCGAGGACCUGAGGCCAGACGGACGACAGACGGAGGACGCGCUGGCCGCUGGACCCCGCCGCCUCCCCUUUCUCCCUGCCGCCUGCGCCUGGAGGAUGAGCCCAGCCUUCAGGGCCAUGGACGUGGAGCCCCGCACUAAGGGCGUCCUGCUGGAGCCCUUUGUCCAUCAGGUUGGGGGGCACUCAUGCGUGCUCCGCUUCAACGAGACGACUCUAUGCAAGCCCCUGGUUCCGAGAGAGCACCAGUUCUACGAGACUCUCCCAGCCGAGAUGCGCAAAUUCACUCCCCAGUACAAAGGUGAGCCCCCGCUACCAUAGGGGUCGCCAGCGCCUGGCGCCAGGAGAGAUGAGAGGCGGCGCAGCCGUGGAAGGCCCGGGCAGCCAUCCCGGGAGCCCUCACCCCUCCCCACACUCUGUGUUUUCCCUCCUCCUCUUGGCCCUCAGCCCAGCACCUCACACCCUCAGUUUGCAAGGCCUGGUAAGAUUGCUCAAUUGUUUUGUUUUGUGGAUUUGUUUUGAGUUUAUUUUUGGUGGAAGUAUAGUUGUGUUUUAUGUUCAGGUGUCUCUUGAUCACAGUAACCCAUAGCCCCCCCUGGGGGAACAGCGGGGGAAGACUUUGGGAGGAUUUUACCCAGAAUCCUUGCGGCCUGCUUUUUGUCCUCCAGGAAACCAGAAGCCCUGGUGAUUAGGUAGGCUGGGAGCAGCGUUGAGUCAGAUGGAAUGCAGGAGUGGGAGGCCUGUGCUGAUUAGCUGAAGCCCUUUGCUAUUACGGAAUGUCCCCGAAAUUGCGAUGUUAUGGCAACCCUUUGAUUCACAUAUGGUGACUCUUUCUUUUUAUACUGCAUUUUUGGGGUGACAUCAGCAGCCACCAGCGUAAUGUGGUCUUUCCUGGGGAAGGGGGAUAUUUUGUAAAUCAAAGAAUCCAUUAAGGAAAUUAAAUUUACAUUGCUUGAUUAUACAAAAGACUCUUGAACAACCUAGGUUCUUCUGGGACUGUUGAAACAUGCUCUUUGAAGACAGAAUGUACUGGGCGCCUCUCUCUGUACUCUGAAUAUGCAUGUGUGUUGUGGUGGGGGGUCGGGGAGUUGAGGGCCCUCACUUGGUCCUUCUCUGUUGUUUUUUCCAGGACAAAGCCAAAGGCCCCUUGUUAGCUGGCUGCCCCUGCCCCCCUUUCCCCCUGGUUCUUUCCCCGUGGCCACAGGAAUGUGUGGUCCCCUGAAUUCCUCACCCGGGGUCCUCUGCUCCUCUGCGCCCAGAGCCAGGGACCACCUCAGAAGUGUCAUCUCUCUGAGCACGCAUUCCCCUGCAGCGAGCAAGCGAGCGAGCAAGCGGGCGGGCAGCAAGGACUGAGCAAAUUGAGUGAUCCCGGGCCAGAGAGGCCUGGGAGGAAAGGUGUUCAGCCAGUCGCUUGUAAGGCGCUCGUCGGCACCUGCUGAAACGCUCCCACCUGACAGCCCCCUCCUCAAAGACUGUCUAAUUACACAUGGCAGGUUCUAGAGACUCAAGGGGGACAGCUGCUUUCAAGGCCACCACGCGUCUGUGCUCCCAGCCCAACCCUAUUUGCCUUGUGUUCAUUUUGUUCUUUUGUGACUGCAAAGACCAAUAAAGUAACAUGUUUGAGGAUAAAAGGCUUGGGGUGCCCACCCGUGUGGGGGUGCUGCAAGAAGCCUUUGCUAGGGUGUCUGUUGUGCUGUGUGGUUUGUUUUGUUUGCUCCUUUAUUUUGUUUUGCUUGCCCAGUCUUCCCUUACCCUUGGAUGCUUCUUACCCCUCAGGACAAACCUUUGUUCCCCGUGUUCAGGCUCUGCUUUAAAGCAAGCCUCAGGCCGUCGGAGUUUCUGUUUAGGGCAUCAAAAAUUCCCACAAGAUAAAAAGAGCAAAUGUUUUUUCUUCUCUCUUAGGAUUAGAAGAAUUACAUAAAACUUAAUAAACAUUUUCAAUGAUGGAAAAAUGUGUCUUGUAAUUCUUUGGCUCUUGCCUUUUUGAGUGCAUCAGAGAGGAUGACUCUCGGCCAUGUUUACUCCCUAAUCGCUUGUCUUGUAUGGUGUCAUCUUUUCUAGCUGUUUUGAUAUUUGUUAGGUUUGCAGAUGAGUUUGGGGCCUCUGGCAACAUAGAGACUAAGGAACAGGGUGUGGUGUCUGUACGCUUUGAAGAAGAUGAAGACAGGAACUUAUGUUUAAUAGCAUAUCCAUUAAAAGGGGACCAUGGAACUGUGGAUAGUGUAGACAAUUCAGACUGUGAACCAAAAAGUAAGCUCCUGAGGUGGACAAACAAAAAACAUCAUGUCCUAGAAACGGAAAAAAGCCCCAAGGACUGGGUGAGGCAGCACCGGAAAGAGGAAAAGAUGAAGAGCCACAAAUUAGAAGAAGAGUUCGAGUGGUUAAAAAAAUCUGAAGUCUUGUACUACAGUGUAGAGAAAAAGGGGAAUAUCAGUUCCCAGCUUAAACACUCUAACCCAUGGAGCAUGAAAUGUCACCAGCAGCAGUUACAGAGAAUGAAGGAGAAUGCAAAGCAUCGGAACCAGUACAAAUUCAUCUUACUGGAAAACCUGACUUCCCGCUAUGAGGUGCCUUGUGUCCUGGACCUCAAGAUGGGUACCCGCCAGCAUGGUGAUGAUGCUUCAGAGGAGAAGGCAGCCAACCAGAUCCGCAAGUGCCAGCAGAGCACAUCUGCAGUCAUUGGUGUCCGUGUGUGUGGCAUGCAGGUGUACCAAGCAGGCAGCGGGCAGCUAAUGUUCAUGAACAAGUACCAUGGACGGAAGCUAUCUGUGCAGGGCUUCAAGGAGGCACUUUUCCAGUUUUUCCACAAUGGUCGGUACCUGCGACGUGAGCUCCUAGGCCCUGUGCUGAAGAAGCUGGCUGAGCUCAAAGCCGUUUUGGAGCGACAGGAGUCCUACCGCUUCUACUCAAGCUCCCUGCUGGUCAUCUAUGAUGGCAAGGAAUGGCCUGAGGUGGCCCUGGACUCAGAUGCUGAGGACUUGGAGGACCUGUCAGAGGAGUCAGCUGACGAAUCUGCUGGUGCCUAUGCCUACAAGCCCAUCGGCACCAGCUCAGUGGACGUGCGCAUGAUCGACUUUGCACAUACCACCUGCAGGCUGUAUGGCGAGGACAGCGUGGUACACGAGGGCCAGGAUGCUGGCUAUAUCUUUGGGCUCCAGAGCCUGAUAGACAUUGUCACAGAGAUCAGUGAGGAAAGUGGGGAGUGAGCUUGCUGGCUGCACCAGCACCCGAGAGACUCUCUGUGUCCCAGGCACAGCUGUGCUGCGUCGGGGAGAAGGCCAGUAUGGCCAGGCCGUUGGCCCCUGCAGCCUGGAGCUGAUGUGCAGAGGCCUCUGUGAGUCCCAGCCUGAGCCAGCCCCAACCGCGUUUGGAGUCUUUUAUUUAUUUUAACUAUUUCUUCAACAUUCCACAUUUGAUGAUGCAGAUACCUCUUUCUUCCCUGAGUGUAAAUGUUCUAAUACAAAUCUUUUUGUUAAUUGUA